ACACAUAACAAUGCAAUAAACCUUAAGUAGAGAGUGAACCUGGUAUUGUUGUGCAUAAUUAGUCUUACAUACUGAUGCUGCCCCUUCUUACCUCUUUAUUGCUGUCAUGGCUAACAAAAAUCUAAAUUUUGAUACAACACCAAAGAUCCUCCAAUUGUAAUGCAUUUGACAUCUCACCCUCACAGAACAACUCAUACUAGUAUUGUAAAACCCCUGUCACAACCCCUUAUGUCAUCAAAACCCAUAAACCCCACACAGGCAUUUGAUCGAGCACUUGAUGUGCAUGACCAAAAGAAAAUCUAAUCUUCCCACGAUUCACCAAAAUCUAAGAUACAAGGAUACCAAUCCCAUACCAAAAACACGUAGCCCAACAAAAAUUAAUCCACCAUCCAAAACCACUAAAUUUAGCAGACUUAUUUUGAAACCAAAAGCAUACUUUCACACAAAUCUCUGAGAUCAAUCAAAUAUUUAUAGGUUGUGUACCUUGGUGUUAGUGUUCCAAAUAUUGAUUGCGUUUCUCUCCAAUCGAUUCUAAAUCAAAAGAAACAGAAAAGCUCUUGACUUCAAAAUCGAAUAAAUUGAACCCACGACUCUUGAGUCAUUCUGGUUUCUGUUCAAGCUUAUUACACUCAUGUGUUGCCUACAAUGCUCAUUAGAGCAAAUCUUUGAUUUAGAUCAGGAUGGGUGGUUUUAAAGUCUGAUAUAAGGAUCCACAACAUUAUUUUAGGAGUUUAAACAACUCAGUUUUUCGUUUUUCUGUCAUGAUUUGUCUGGGAGCAAAAUAUUUUUAUCAUGUUCUCACUUUUCACUAGAAGCAUUUCAAAUUGUUGUUAUUAGGCACCACCCCAUACCUUGUAUUCUUGUUUGUUGGCCCAUACAGCCUCCAUUAUGGAUGCAUAGGAACAAAAAUACACCAUUGUUUUGAAUUUGAUAUCCUCAAACAGAAUGAAAAAAUGAUAUGGUCAACAUGCCUUUGCUUUCGCUUCAAACUUUUCUUUUGCCUUUCUUCUUGUUUUCAAACUACAACCACCAUUAGAAAACAAAGCAAAGCAAAACCAUGGGGAAUUUGAAGGCACCAAAACCAAAUCAUACCAACCCUAGAAUUUUCCUCCCAAUGCCUCCUUCCAUUUUGUCUUCUUUUCUCUGCCCUCUAUUGUGCUUUCUCCAUUUCUUUCUAUCAGCAUGGAUCCAAAAAGCUUUUCUACCUUGAGAAAUUUUCUUCAGAAAUGUGCAGUUAUCAUCUUUUUGAGUUCCUUAGCUUAUGAAACUCUGUCCCUCGACUCUAAAUUUCAGGCUUGUAUGCCUCAAUCAUGCGGAAAUGGCCCCUAUAUUAGCUAUCCUUUUUGGAUUUUUCAGGAACAAGAUUCCUUCUGUGGCUACCCAAACUUUGAGAUCACCUGCAAAAACAACAGCCCAGUUCUUACCAUAUCUGAUGAUAAUUAUAUCAUCAAAGAUAUAUGGUACUCCAACAAUACCUUUGUAGUGGUCAAUGCUGUAGCCUAUGAAGAAAUGUGUCCAAUUCCUCUGCAAAAUGCUACUUUUGAUCGAACUCCAUUCAGUCUUAGUUCUGAUAAUGUCUAUUUUUCCUUCUUAUAUAACUGCACUGAGCAGCCAGAUUACCAUACAUAUCCAGUAAGAUGUGCUAGCAAUACUUCCAGUUAUUCUUUUGCUGUUUUCCAUGAAGAAGGUUUGGAGAGCAGUAACUACUCCUUAGAGUCAUGCCAAUCUUUUGUUAAUGCCCCAGUGUAUAUGGAUACGGACACUUACAGUAAUUUCACAAGUCUGUUGAAAGCAAACUAUUCUGAAAUCCUGAGGAUGGGUUUCCUUCUGAAUUGGACUGCACAUAGUUGCAGCAAUUGUGAGAGCAGUGGUGGGCACUGUGGAUUUGAUAAUGAUCAUUUCAUUUGUUUUUGCCAGGAUAGGUCUCAUUCCAAAACCUGCAAUGAUGGUAAUUCCAUAGGAAAUUCACCUUUCCAAUUUCUACUGUUGUUUUUUCCCUCAAAUUACUAACAUAGUUUAUUAAGCUUAUUUUCUGUAGAUUGAGGGCCUAAUUAGUUCCUCUGCUUGUUAAUGUUGUAUUUUUUUUUCCUUGUGCUUGCUUCUUGGCCUGAUAGAUGUCUUGUUUCUGUUUCUUUUGUUUUUUUGCAAGUACUUUAUGAUUUUUGUGUAUUGAUUUACUUUUGCUUGUUGGGAAGCAAUUAACCAUAUGGCACGGUAUUCAUCCUAAAUGAUUCUAGAAAGUUUGUUCUGAUUCAAUGUAAUGUUCUGUUCUUUGCCUUUUCCUUAUUCGUCCUAAGAUUUCAUGAAGCCUAUAAUUGCAAUUAUUCU